AUGCUGCGGCCGGAGCGCCUCUGCCUCUUCCUCCUUCUCCUCCUCCUGCACGUCGCCCGCGUCGCUUCCCCUGCUCCUCCGGCCAUCCCGAGGCCGGUCAACAGCACAGAGGGACCGCGGGCCACCGCGGGUAACGGGACGCAGCAGGACACGGUGCCAGUGCCGGCAUCGCGGCGACCGCCGGGGUCGGGGCUGCUGCCGGGGGCGGGGUUGCCGGUACUGAAGCGGGCGGUGUACGUGCUGAGCGCCCUCUCCUUGUUGGCUGCUCUCUAUUUCCUCCUCCGGGCGUUCCGCCCUAGGUCGGAGGGACCCAGACAUGAGCGCAAAACUCAUUCCAGGUUGAAGAAGCCUCCAAGGAAGAAGUAUGGCCUCCUGUCCAGCUAUGAUGAGCACAUGGAGAUGGCCUCCUUGGACAGCGACGAGGAGACCGUGUUCGAAACGAGGAACCUGAGGAGGUGA